GUGCUAUAGACGCACAAAACGACCAAGAGCCACAAAUCAAGCACACAUAUCAAAAAACAAAUGAGCUCUUAUUUUGUAAACUCAUUUUGCGGUCGCUAUCCAAAUGGCCCGGACUACCAGUUACAUAAUUAUGGAGAUCACAGCUCGGUGAGCGAGCAAUACAGGGACUCCGCCAGCAUGCACUCCGGCAGGUACGGAUACGGCUACAAUGGCAUGGACCUCAGCGUCGGGCGCUCUGCUUCCACUCACUUUGGUGCCAAUGAGAGACCCCGCAGUUACCCGGCCAACACCACCUCUGCCUCGACAGAGCCCAGGUACAACCAGCCCGCGACGUCUUCCCACUCGCCUCCCCCUGACCCUCUGCCCUGCACCGCCGUGGCCGGUUCGCCUGUCAGCGAGAGUCACCACGGGGUGAAAAACUCCCUCGCCAACUCCACCAGCACUUCGUCCAAUUCCAGCAGCAACACGCACAUCAGCAGAGACGGGGUUGGCACCUCGUCUGGGACUGAGGAAGACACUCCAGCAAGCAGCGAGCAGGCAAGUGCCCCGACCGACCAAAGCACAGCCCAGCCUUCACAGCCCCAGAUCUACCCUUGGAUGCGAAAACUGCACAUAAGUCAUGACAACAUAGGGGGACCAGAAGGGAAAAGGGCUCGGACUGCUUACACCCGCUAUCAGACCUUGGAGCUCGAAAAGGAAUUUCACUUCAAUAGAUACCUGACCCGCAGAAGAAGGAUUGAAAUAGCACAUGCUCUUUGCCUCUCAGAGAGACAAAUAAAGAUCUGGUUCCAAAACAGGAGAAUGAAAUGGAAAAAGGAUAAUAAGCUGAAAAGUAUGAGCAUGGCAGCUGCAGGAGGGGCAUUCCGUCCCUAAGCGUUUGAUCAAUUAAAAGUACUGAGCAGUAUUAGCUGACCCUGCGUCGUCUCAUGUCAGUACUAAGUUGACUUUCUAAAACUUCCUUGUGUUACUUCUGUGAAGAAACCCUGUUCUUGUCGCCCUUAUUCAUCUUUUAAUCAUGAGCCUGUUUAUUACCAUUCUCUCGCGUGUAUAAGUAGAUCUGCUUUUAUCGUACAUUUCUUUGUCUUGAAUGGCUUUGUCUUGAAAAAAAUAAUAGAUGUUUUAACUUAUUUAUAUGAAGCGAGCUGUGUUACUUGAAGUAACUGUUAAAA